AUGUUUGGACAAGUACAAAACCCCCAGGUACUGGACAUAGGACAAUCAAACCAAUCAACGAGUUCUUUGCUGAAUUUUGUGGAUGUCGCUUCUUGUAAUAUAAAAAUGGCACUAGAUAGACCUUCCAAGUCAAAGAGGAAAGUCAACCAUCGAAAGUACCUCCAGAAACAGUUGAAGGGCUGCGGAAAUGUUCAGCAAGAGGAUACUUCUCGAAGAGCGCCACCUGGAAGUCAACAAAUCAGAUUCGUUAAAAAGGAAAGCACACAGACUGGUCGUCAAAUGAAAUCCCUUCAAGCUUUAUUUGACCCAAGAACUCUACACGAAAAAUGCUGUGCAGAUCCCGGUACCAACACUCGUGGAUCUAAAGUGCCCUUGCGAAAGCGAGAUCUCCCUCCAUCCUUCUUUUUGGAGCCAUCAAAGCUUGAACAUAGAGACAACCUGAUGGAAUCUUUAAUGUCGGUUGAUGAUGAGUUACUGAAUUCGCUGAAUCGUGUCCCGGAUCUAGACACUCUUUCCUCGGAUACAUUGGACUCUAUUCUCGGUAACAAUGAUUUGGACGACUUCUUGAACGUUGGACAGUGGAGUGAUUCCAGUAGAGACAGCUCCGAAAGUGACCCUCGGUCUCCAAACCCAGAAUACGGUGUCUGGAAUAGUGCCGUCCAUCUCAAUGAAAACCGUAUUCCCGAAUACGCACAAGAACAUUGGUCACCCAAUAAUUCUUCACAGGUGGCGUUUUCUGAAAAUGUUGGUCACUUGACGUAUCACCCAGCACAUUCACUUUUAGUCGAGGAUUCAAAAUCAAGGGAACAAAAGUUUAACAGCAUAGAACCAUAUCGGGAAUCCUCCAAACUACCUACAUUUCCACAGGCAUUCUUGGGAAGAACAGAUUGUAUUAACCCGAACUCUGGACAUUGGAGUGAAACUUCUAUUCAACAAUAUUACACAUACCUGUGA